GAUUACGUCUGAGUAAAGUAACAUAGUUUGUCACUUUGAUUUUGGCGAUUUAUUUUUAUAUGAGUAAACGAAGAAGCCUGUCUUCCCAUGAAUUCUGCUGUUUCUCUGACUAAUUCUUCGUCUAGAAAUUCCGGCUGAAUUGGAUUACACAGUUGAAUAGAGAGGAUAAAUAAAGUUGCCAUAUUCUGCAGUUGUUGCUGAAAACUUGAAUCCCUCGCUCACUCUCCUUGAUUUUCAGUUUGAUUGAUUAAUAGAUUAGGAUUUUCCGUCGGCGUGACAUGACUGACAAUGCUGGCGAUUACGUGAAAUUGGAGGGUGGCGGGGCCCAGUGCCAGCCGGAGACGUCGUCGUCUGAUUGUUGCGAUGACGGAGGGUGGUUGUGGUCUCUGUGGUGGUGGGCGAAAUUGCUGCUCGUGGUCUUGUUUGUUGCCGUGUUGGGUGCGGUUUUCUUCAAAUGGAUCGGGCCCUUUUUUAUGGAUAAGGAAAUCAUCCCCAUGAUAAAGUGGGAGCAGAGAACUUUCAGCACAGCUAUUCUAGGAGUCAUAGUGUUUGCUUCUCUGGCAAUAUUCCCUGUAUUUCUUAUACCUUCUACACCAUCCAUGUGGGUUGCCGGGAUGACUUUUGGUUAUGGUUAUGGUUUUCUGAUGAUCAUUGGUGGUGUUUCGAUUGGCAGUUCUAUUCCUUAUUUCGUUGGUUCUUUAUUCUACCAUAGAAUUCAUGUAUGGCUAGAAAGGUACCCAAAGCGAGCUUCUAUCAUAAGACUAGCUGGCGAGGGAAACUGGUUUAGUCAGUUUCGAGCUGUUUCGUUGAUUAGGAUUUCCCCUUUUCCAUUUGUCAUAUAUAACUACUGCGCUGUGGCUACGGAUGUGAAAUAUGUUCCUUAUUUGUUGGGGACUGUGGUCGGAAUGGUGCCAGAAAUAUUUGUUGCACUUUACACGGGCAUCCUGAUUAAAACAUUAGCUGAUGCUUCACAAGAUCGGAAGUCUCUGUCAGUUUCGCAGAUUGUGAUGAAUGUGGCCGGGUUUUGCAUCAGUGUGAGCGCAACUGUAGCAGUGACAUGGUACGCAAAGAGGCGACUGAAGGAGCUACAGAUGCGAGAGGAGCUUUUGUUGCAAUGAAUGUGUUGUGUAAUCAUACUACAAGAUUUUGGAUUGUUACAUGUAAAAUAAUUCAAACCACAUUAAAUUGCAGUGAUAUAAAUUUUACAAAGAAUAUAAUUACUCUA